AACCAGGCCUUGGAAAUUUUUAGAAUUGUUCUUGGUCUUUGUUUUCUUGGUAGGCAUUUAUGUGGCCGGAAAAUACUUAGGAAAGCGUAAGUAAAUAUGAAACAGCGUAUGAAUAUGGUCGAGUCGCAUACAGCAGUACGGUUUCCGAAAGCAGAAAGGGUCCAAACCCAAACCCAGCCUAAACCCCUUCAAAGACGAUAACCGAAAUUCUUCUGUGUUUUCUUCUUCUCUCUCUUUCUGCGUGGGCUUUGGUCAAAUGCUACACGGGAAUACGGUAACUAUAAAUACGUAGAUCUAACCAUGCCAAUUUCCUUCACUUUAAUUCAAGUCUAGGGACCGACCGUAGAGCACCAGACGAGUUUUCAAAUGACUGUCCCCAGGGAGUCUUCUCAUGGUUUCCGCGAUGGUGGUGUUCCAACCAUCAGAGAUUUAAUCUGCCACGCAGGUUCCGGUGCCUCCGCCGGGGCGAUUGCGGCGACCUUUAUGUGCCCGUUGGAUGUGAUCAAGACAAGGCUACAGGUCCAUGGCCUCCCUCCUGGCCACAGAGGUAGUGUCAUUGUCACAAGCCUAAAGGACAUAUUAAGGACUGAAGGUUUCAGGGGAUUGUAUCGUGGCCUUUCACCUACAAUAGUAGCGUUACUUCCAAACUGGGCGGUCUACUUCACAGUUUAUGAGCAUCUAAAAGGCCUACUCCAGUCACAUGUGGAUAGCACAAAUCAACUCACUAUUGGAGCAAAUAUGAUAGCUGCUGCUGGUGCUGGGGCUGCCACUUCUAUCACCACAAAUCCAUUGUGGGUUGUUAAGACCAGACUGCAAACACAGGGAAUGAGGCAGGGCAUCGUUCCCUACAAAAGUAUGCUUUCUGCUUUGACAAGGAUUGCACAUGAGGAAGGCAUUCGAGGGCUGUAUAGUGGCAUUGUUCCUUCAUUGGCUGGGAUAAGUCAUGUUGCAAUUCAAUUUCCUGCAUAUGAAAAGAUCAAGUGUUAUAUGGCAAGAAGGAGUAACACAACUGUUGAUAAGUUGAGUCCUGGAAGUGUUGCUGUUGCUUCAUCGGUUGCAAAAGUGAUUGCCUCUGUGAUGACCUAUCCACAUGAGGUAGUGCGAUCCCGGCUGCAAGAGCAAGGGCUGGCCAGAAACAAUGGAGUCCGAUAUGAAGGGGUUAUCGAUUGUAUUAGGAAGGUGUUCCAAAAGGAAGGCUUUCCUGGUUUUUACCGCGGUUGUGCUACUAAUCUGUUGAGAACAACUCCGUCUGCAGUCAUUACGUUUACCAGUUAUGAGAUGAUACAUCGAUUCUUGGAGCAGGUUAUACCUCCAGACAAGGAGCAUUCAUAAGCGCACCAAAAGCCUGUGACGUGCAUGUCAAGCCUCAGUCAGGAAAGGAUGCAAUGGGGGGUAACUUGACAUCCAACAUCCGGCAAUCAUAGAACUCAAUUUGCUGAGAGUAGCUAACAGCAAGAUAGUGAUUCACUAAAUUUUUGUCCUGUGAUCGGAUAGGGAAAUAUUUUUGUGAAAAUAAAUCUAAUUUGUUUGGUUGGGGAAAAUAUUUUUCUGAAUUAUUUUUUUUAAUGUGUAAGUCAAUAGAGGCAAUUGCAUUUUUUUUUUUAUAAAACAAUAUCAUUUGGGUUGUAGUAUAUAGUUAGGACAUCUGAUCUCUCUCUCUCUCUCCCUGGGAUUCGGAACUUUUAUCAUUUGAAUUGGGUCUGUCUAGGAAAUGAAGCAUGUAAUAGCAUUAGUAGAUUGCGAUUUUGUAAUUUAUGAAGUUGGGUAAAGGUAAUAAAGUUUGAUUGGAUGCGCAGGAACCAUCUCUUUAAGUAUUAA